ACUCACAUAUUCAACUCUCCUCCGACGAGCAUCGCCGCCGCAGACUUCCCGCCGGAAACCGGUCAAGGUUGAAAUUUAACUGGGACGAGCAAUAACAGGCUAAAUGGUCAUUAGCUCAGAUCAGCUUUUCAGGUUAUAGUCAAUCAGUGUUAUAGCCAGUGCCAGUCAAAGUGAUGCCUGCUAUGAAGACUGCUAUUCAUGGUGGAAUUGGGCACGUAUUCAGCAAACUAAUAAAGGAGAUUGGUGAUCCUGUUGACUUUGAACUUCCAGAUUGGUUAAAUAAAUGGCAGUCAAUGCCCUAUACCUUUAUUAAGCGCAAUUUAUACCUCACUAAGAAGGUAAAGCGACGUCUGGAAGAUGAUGGUAUAUUUUGUUCCUGCAGCUCAACGGCAGAAACUUCUGUUGUGUGUGGCAAGGAUUGUCUCUGUGGCAUAAUGUUGUCUAGCUGCUCCUCGGGUUGUAAAUGUGGGAGUUAUUGUCUGAAUAAGCCAUUCCAUCAACGUCCUGUGAAGAAGAUGAAAUUAGUGAAGACUGAAAAAUGUGGCUCUGGAAUUGUGGCAGAUGAAGAUAUCAAACGAGGAGACUUUGUUAUAGAGUAUGUUGGAGAAGUUAUUGAUGACAAAACAUGUGAAGAGAGGCUUUGGAAAAUGAAGCAUAGUGGGGAAACAAACUUCUACUUGUGUGAAAUCAAUCGGGAUAUGGUGAUUGAUGCCACUUACAAGGGCAACAAAUCCAGAUACAUUAAUCAUAGUUGUUGUCCAAAUACUGAGAUGCAGAAAUGGAUGAUUGAUGGUGAAACAAGAAUUGGCAUAUUUGCGACACAAGACAUCAAAAGGGGCGAGCAUCUGACCUAUGAUUACCAGUUUGUUCAGUUUGGUGCAGAUCAAGAUUGCCACUGUGGUGCUGUAAGAUGUAGGCGAAAGCUGGGCGUUAAACCUAACAAACCAAAACUCCCUGCUUCAGAUACCGCAUUAAAGAUAGUGGCAUGUCAGGUGGCUGCCACCUCUCCCAAAUUGAAAGCACUUCUAUCUACACGUCAUGUUUAUCAAACUGGAGUUUCACCAAUAGGAAGCUCAGGUUAUGAUUCUGACAUAAAAAUAAGGCGACCUCGUAGUUGCAUUGGUCAAGUUAUAAGAAUAAUUCGCUCCUCUAACACAAGGUCCUUUGGAAUUGUAAAACGGUUCGAUGCCAUCACCAAAAAACAUUUUAUCAUGUUUGAAGAUGGCUGUGUUCAGUACCUUGACCUGUCAAAAGAAGAUUGGGAAUUCUGUAACUUUCUUGAGUAAUUGGGUAUUAGCAGUCAGGAUAAGGAGAUGCACAAGAUUCAACCUCUGUAAGGAUAGAGGAUAUGUCAUUGUGUCCAGAUCCGGAACAUCGAAUGGCUAUGUUGUACCAAAUGUACAAGUUUCAUUUUACAGCUUUUUAGUAAUAAUGCUGCAAUUUCUGAUAGAAUUUUUUCCCCAAUGCUAUGUAAGCAUUAAAACGAAAGAUAGGAAACAUUCUUUACAAUGUAGCAUAGCAAAUGCACCUAUAGUUG